GCAGUUUAGAAUUGUUGGCGAAUCGAGAAAGAAGCAAUCGAGAGAGAAGAGAAAAAAAGUUCCAAGUCAAAGAAAAUAUAUUUCCAAGCGAAAAAAUUUAAACCGAGCAGCAGCAAAGGAAGCAAAUCGAAAUCGUGCGAAACUUAAAAAGCGAAUUAUCCUGAACCGGUAAAUACAAAAGAAGGGAAUAUUGUGGCAUAGAGAAAAUACAACGUUCCUCCCCUACCCUUUCUAAAGGAUAAGGAAGCACCAGCAUCCAUUAGUGUGCGAGAACGAUAAGCGCAAACUGAGAAAUAGUACGCACUUCAAAACGAUCCACUUCAACCGCUUUAAGCGAGCGCACGUGUGCGUGAGUUUGCGCGUGUGUGUGCGAUUUGAGUACGAACGCGCACGGCAAAAUUGUCUACAUCGCGAGAGCAAAAUUUGGAUUUCGAUUUCGAUCGACGAUAAAACCUUACAUCCUUCCUCCUCCACGGCUCUAAAUCGCCAAAGCAGAUUCAGCAGACUCUUUGGUUAGAGUUUUGUGUAACACGAGAGAGAGAACGAGAGAGGAUUUCUUCCAGAGCUUGUUUUGUUGGGUUAAGAUUGAUCGCGUUUCCGGAACACACGUUUCUUCUAGGGCGGAAGAAUUUGAAGAAGAAAAAAUCAUCAUACAUUACUAUUACCUGUGCAAUCAUAUUGUACACGCGGACGUGAAGAGAAAUAGAUCACCCGCUCCCGGUCGUGUUAUUAUAAAAAAAAAAAACAGUGUGUGCUUAGUGAGAGGUUAACGUGCGCAAAACAUAAACAUUGAAAAAUACGUUACAAGCACCCAUUCACACACUCACUCUAUUGCACGUGAAAGCCGGCUUGCAUAGCAGAGCAAGGUACGGUGUGAGAAUAAAAGACUUUUUUAAUUUAUUUACGUUUGAUAAAGCAGCAAGUGUGUGUGCGUGUGUGUGUGUGGAGAAGCGCUAAAUGUGUAGCGAGGAAAGCAGGUCGAAAACGGCGAACAUAAAAAGGAUUGGUGGUUUCAAGCGAAGGUGAAGAAAAGUGCCCCCGGGGAAAAAGAGAAAUAUCAGAUUGAAAGCGUAGAAAAUUCAUUCUUCCUACAACAACAAUAUACGUAUAUACACACACAAAAUCACAAUCACACGAUAAAGAAACACAUUUCAACAGAACGUGGCGAUUUGUGUGUGUGUGGCGUUUCGGCGCACCCGCUGUGAAGCAAGGAGAGAAGACAGACACGAGGAGACACCAACCAAGCAGAUGCUGUCGGCUGCGUAGCUAAUAACGACAAACGGGCAUCAAGUGAUUAACAUUAAACGAAAAAAUUGUGAAUAUUAGAUCGGUAGUGGCUUUAGGCAGUAAGUGUGUGGGUAUAAGGUGAAAGCUGUAAUUUUAAGUGUAAAACAAAACCCCCGGUACCCGAACCCCAGCGGCGGCGGCGUUGGUGUGUCACGUAGUCAAAAAGCAAAGGUUAAGAGGAGACUCGUCUUGCGAAAAAAGAAAACAAAAUCAGAAGCAGAAUAAUCACACCACAGCCCCUGUGUUGAACCCCACCGUGUGGCGCAAAUGGGUACAGUGUAAAAUAUUGCUAAUACUUGGUACUACUAUUACUACUACUACUAUUACCACUACUAAGGCAAGUCAUAAUUGUUUUCGGUUUAUCGUUUUUAAACUGAAACUAUCAGCAGCAAAUACCGGGAAAAUAUUAGUCUACUUGUAAUUUCUUGCGGAAGGCAAAGCAAAUUGGUGCGCCUGUGUGUGUGUGUGGUGCACAAAAAAUAGGAAAAUUUCUAUUGUUCAAAAAGUAGAGCGAGAGAGAGAGAGAGAGAGAGAGAGUGAAAGGAGUUUAUAAAAAAAUCAAGAGCUAAAAGUCAACUUGUGUCAGCGUCAUGAUGACUGAAACGUUGAAUUCGAAUAAUCAUCUCAGCCAGAAAGGCGAGAACAACAAAGUUGGUGACAUGGGAUGGAAGGCCAAACUUAAAAUACCGCCCAAAGAUACUAGAGUUAAGACUAGUGAUGUUACUGAUACCCGAGGAAACGAGUUCGAGGAGUUCUGCCUGAAGCGGCCGCUGCUGAUGGGCAUCUUUGAGAAGGGUUGGGAGAAACCGUCCCCGAUCCAGGAGGCGGCCAUCCCGAUCGCCCUGGUCGGCAAGGACAUCCUGGCGCGGGCGAAGAACGGCACCGGCAAGACGGGCGCGUACAGCAUCCCUGUACUGGAGCAGGUCGACCCGACCAAGGACUACAUUCAGGCACUGAUCAUAGUGCCCACGCGCGAGCUGGCCCUGCAGACGUCACAGAUCUGCAUCGAGCUGGCGAAGCACAUGAACAUUCGCGUCAUGGUGACGACCGGUGGAACCAACCUGAAGGAUGAUAUCAUGAGAAUUUAUCAGAAAGUGCAAGUGAUCAUUGCCACGCCCGGCCGCAUCCUCGAUCUCAUGGACAAGGAGGUGGCCAACAUGUCCCAGUGCCGGAUGCUAGUAUUAGACGAGGCGGACAAGCUGCUGUCGCAGGACUUCAAAGGCAUGCUGGAUCAUGUCAUAAUGAGAUUGCCAAAGGAGCGCCAGAUCCUGCUGUUCUCCGCGACAUUCCCACUGAGCGUGAAGAACUUCAUGGAGAAGCAUCUGCGCGAUCCGUACGAGAUCAACCUGAUGGAGGAGCUGACGCUGAAGGGCGUCACGCAGUACUACGCGUUCGUGCAGGAGCGCCAGAAGGUGCACUGUCUCAACACGCUCUUCUCGAAGCUCCAGAUCAACCAGUCGAUCAUCUUCUGCAAUUCGACGCAGCGUGUCGAACUGCUCGCGAAAAAGAUUACCGAGCUGGGCUACUGCUGCUACUACAUCCACGCCCGCAUGCAGCAGGCCCACCGGAACCGGGUGUUCCACGACUUCCGGUCGGGGCUGUGCCGGAACCUGGUCUGCUCCGAUCUCUUCACUCGUGGUAUCGACGUACAGGCUGUGAACGUUGUAAUUAAUUUCGAUUUCCCCAAGAUGGCAGAGACCUACCUGCACAGAAUCGGUAGAUCCGGACGCUUCGGACAUUUGGGUAUCGCCAUCAAUCUAAUCACCUACGAGGAUCGUUUCGAUCUUCACCGCAUUGAGAAGGAGCUGGGCACGGAAAUUAAGCCCAUCCCGAAGGUGAUCGAUCCGGCACUGUACGUACCGCGGCCGGAUGAUCCUAACAGCACGCAAGAGGAGCAAAACGUCAGUAAAUAAGUAAGAAGAACGAAGGAGUAGGAGGAGGAGGCGCUUUAGAAGAGGGGUGAGAAGGGUGAGCUGAGUCGUGGCGUGUGUGAUAUAUAGAAUGUUGGUGUGAAGAAUGGUGCGCGCAGGGGCGUACAAAGAACGGAGAAAACAUUUAAUUUUUGCACAGAGAGAGAGAGAGAGAGAGAGAGAGAACGAAGAAGAGAAGGAAGGUGUGGUGGUAUAGAACGGUUUUGGAAUAUCGGGAGAACGAAAGGCAGGGGAAGCGAGAAGAGGAAGGAGAAGAGAAAUGAAGUGUACAAACCACAAACACACAACACAGCAAACGUACGUCGCCCAGAGUAGGAAAUGAGUGAAGAGAGAAAGCCAAAUAAGUCGAAGAAACGUUUGAUGAGCCGGAGCAUUCUAAUGUAAGUCUUUUCGUUAUCGUCAUGAAUGCCAGAAAGCCAAGGUAUGUGCGCGUGUGUGUAUCGUACGGUGCUUGCGCACUUUAAACUAUGAGGAAAAGCAGAUAUUUUACAGAAUCUAAAUUAGAACAAUGUUAACAUAACACAACAAGGUCCCCAGAGGCAAUAGAGAGGCGGUGGUGUGUCUGCCCCAAGGUGUUGAAAGAUCGAUGGAGAGCAAAAAGAUCAAGAAUCAUUCAGACGUCGUCAUCACUUUUCUUAAGGCCAGAGCAAAGCUUUCUCGCCAUCGUACAGAAGCACCGCACCGGCAAAUUUUCAGUAAGCAAUCGUGCAAUCGAAUCGUAAAAGUUCUCGCUAUUGCUUUUCUCAACAACAAUGCCUUUGAGAUAGCGCUAGUCGCGUGGAAACUAAAGAUAUGAUUUUUUCCUCCUUUCCUUAUGUCGGAAUGAACUUUUAUUCCUUUUUAGAGAAUGCGAGGAAAUGUCAUUGGGACAGUGUUGCACAUUUCUGCAGAACACGAGGAGCGGGUAAAAUAAUACCGGGUACAUGCUGCUUGUUGUGUACUAAUUUUUUUUUGGGUUGGGUUGCGUGGACAAAACGAACACCACCGUGUAAGAGCAAUCCAGUGUUUCCGCGUUCUGUCCUGUCCAAUUCGAGCUCUAUGUGUGAUAAUCAGGCUCGAUUCUAGGCGACGCAAGAAGAGUCUCAGAGGCAUUUGUUAGGGAAGAGUAUUGAACUCUUUAGACAAAAUUCACCACGCGCGCAUACUGAGGGUGGCGGAUCGUUUGCGUACAGGGCAAGCACACAAGGGGGCGUUAGAACCGUUACCUCCGUGACGUGUAGUGCCCGAGCGUUCUCUGCUGUGUAUAGCGAUUCAUCGUCAUUACAUCCAAACGAUUGCAAUUACUUUUUACGUAUAUCGACUUUUUCUAUCGAUGUUGGAGAGCGUAAGAAAGUGUGUGUGAUUGCAUUUUGUUGUUGUUGUUGUCGUGUGAAACAGGCAAUCGUCAUUCGGUGUCGUUGCUCAAAACGUUAGAGAACACUUUCUAUCCCGUUAAUAGGCCAACAGACGAACGCGUAUUUAUUCUUACCACACAUCAUCAGGUGUACAUCAUUCCUCUCUUCGUUCCCCCGUCCCCGUAUCGUUCUUUGUGUCUCCCAUAUUCGGUACCAAAAUCAUAAAACAAAACCAUUAUAUCAUGCAUUAUCAGCUACUACUACUACAGCCAAUCGUAGAGAGGGAGGAAGGUGGGAAGCCAGCAAAGAAAAAGCGUGAAAAGCGCAGUAAGGAGUAAACAGAUCAGUCUGCGCGUGUGUGUUGUGGGCUCCCUGUUGAGCGCGCAGAGGCAAAUUUGGAAAACUAAACUGCGGAAAGCAAAAGCACAGCAGGGGAAAGGAUGGAUUUUUAGAAUGUGAUGAACGGAGAAGCGAAUGAAACGGUUCUGUGGAAGGGAUGAGAAUAUAGUAGGCAGACAGGGAAAACCGUAUACAACAAACGUGGUUACAAUAGCGUGGGAAGAAAUCAGGAACUCUUGGUUUGAUACGAUUAUGUUCGAAUCGGAAUGUGAGUCAAACGGUUAAUACUACAAAAUUGAGGAAAUUGUUUUGGACGCAGAUUUUUGGUUUGUUUGUAUUAUUGAGCGCAUUACAUUUGAAUUAUUUUUUUUUCGUAAUCGUUAUUUCUCUCUCGACGGAAGAAUCAUGGGUCGAUACUACACAUAUAUGUUUCUGACACAAUCGUGUGGUGUGUUGCUCUGUUGCUGUGUUAAACCUUCCCCUAUCGCGGGAAACGUGUGACCACCGUGUUGUAGUUGUGUGUUGUGUUUGUGUGUGGCAACCAAAACCCGCUAGAGAGGGACGCUUAUCUCUGCUAUCGGUGUACUACUGCGUAGUGCAAUGCAGCAGAAACGACCCCGAAGCGGACUGAUGGUUCAUGAAUGUGUGUGAUAAGCGUAUGACUGGGAAUAUGAUUGGUAUUGGAAUGUGAGAUGUACACAACGAGAAAAAAUACACGGCAGGCGGGCUGCUGCCCCUGCCAACACGUACGGUUUGCUAUCAAGAGCACAGUAAAACACACGGACGGAGCACAAUGUUGAAGCACCAGAAGUAGUUUCAAUGCUUUUGUUUUGUUUAAUAGUAUGCGAUUGUAAAACAAAAAAAACCUAAACUUAGUUUGAAGCGUGUUGAUGCGGGAAGACAGCUCUCAAAACCGUGACAAACGGAUGGAACACCAUAUGAGAAAAGCAUGUUUUUUUGGAUAACGCACUCGGAACAAGAGAAAAGAGCACAUUGAAAAGCUGAGAAACAAUGAAAGAGAGAGAGAGAGAGAAAAGGAGAGCUGAGAACACAAUGUACAUAUGAACAAUAGAUUAAUAUUAGCGAUUAAGAUUGUAAAGAAGAGGGAGAGACGGUGGUGAGAAAAGUCUGCAACAAUCUACUUACGAAGCAGAAAGAGAUACCUAAACAAUAUCGACAACAAUGAGACCGAAUUUGACAGGUGUGUAGUGAAGAAAGUGGAGAGGGAAAAGAUACAAACCAUGAUGUAAAAAUGAAAUGGAUAUAUUGAAAUCAGAAGUGGCUGUAACACCACAGACAAGCCAGGAACACAUUAGUGAAAAAGUCCCAAUCGGAAGUAGUCUGGGAGAGAGCUUCCUACGAGAAGGAUUAUUCCUACACUUGGAACGGUGGUAAACUGGAGAUACUAACAAGAAUUGAACGCGUGACCCCCGACUAUUCCUUGUGUCGAAGAGAAGAAGUGGUGGAAAUUUCGCGCAGUGAAUUGAAGCACCCUUUUUUUUUUGGAAAAAUUUCGAGCAGCGCAGCAGGGUUUCGAGGUGAAAUGCGCACCCCUUAAAGUGGUGCUCUUCCCUGACCAUUGUGCCACAUGUUAACAGGAUUUUAAUGAGACUAUUGAGGACCCAUGCGAACCGGAAGAGGAUGGUUGCAAUGUGCAGGAUACGUAUUUUAGAACCCCGAAUUUGCUAUGAUGGCUCACAGAGGUGAUGAACCUUUGAAAUGAGACGACUGCAAAUGUGUUUCUUUGCUAUAUGCUGCACCAUCAGUUUGCGUUUGGGCCGCAGUUGGUUCGGGUGUAUGCAUGCGAUGCAAUAAUUGAGACUGACGAUAACAAUUGUUGAACUGAAAGCCAAAAGCUAACAUGACAAGCCUGCUCGCACAAAAAGAAAGGAGUUUCGGCUUUGCAUCAAAUCCAAUUCUUGCCAGUUUUGACACACUGUGGCCUGUGAGUGUAAAGAGUUCGAGGCGUGUAGAGCUUUAGUCAGUCGAGGAAAUCCCCUAAAGAUCAUGAUCACGGGAGUCAUUUGCAAAGUUUUUUUUUGAUGAUAACAAAACAGAAGGGAACAACAGCGACAAACGCGCACUGAGUGCGAAUAUGAAGGAGGAGAGCCUUAGCCGCGGCCCCAUCUUUGUUUUACUCUAUUUUUGGGAUCAGUGAAAGGACGAUCCUCUUUUCUUAACGGCCUUUGACGGAAUCCGGGAUAGGUUUAUGUUCUGUGCAUACUUAAAAAGACGAAAAAGACGGUGGUGGGCGGCUCGGCUGGGCUCUAAUGAUUCAAAUGCAUCAUCUUCUAUACCAUUUAUUCUGCGAUCCGUGUUCGAUAUGUGCUCUUUCAAAUUGCGAUACUCCUAUACCCCCUACUAUGAGGCCUUUCUUCAGCUCGACUUGAGCGGGGGCUAGUGGGAAAUUAAUUUAGAAUAAUUGCGUAUGAAUGUGAAUGGAAGAGAUGAUGGUCAAGAAUGGCUGCGGCGUAUUGCAUGAAUUGGGAUAUUAGGUGUGUACGAUGCGUUGAUGUGAAUGCGUGAUACAGGAAUGUUCGUUGUGACCAUCGAUAAGAGUGAAUGUUGCAUUUCGAAUGAAUGGGGAGCGAGACAAGAUGAAUGUGUAAACGUCUGUGUGCGUGUGUUAAUUUACUUUUACAAGUUAGAAAAUUGGAGCAAAUCGAAUGACGUCGGCUGCAGAGACAAACAAAUGGAAUUCGCGGAGUAUUCCGCAUAUUAGAUUGUGCCAUAUACAGUUUUUUUUUUCAUACACCUCAUUGGUCGGGAAGAUAAAUUUCAUUUGUAAAAGUGUGUGAUACUCUUUCAUCAGGCCAGCAGCUCGAUUUCCAUCCAACAGCGAGAGUUUAACGAUUACAAAAUUGUACAUCAUCAAUAGGCCAAAGUAUCCACGCAAAAAGGGGAAUCUUCGGUUGGGAAAAUUAUCUUCUACCAAAAUGUCGGGGCGAAACCAUCAUCCUUGUGUGUGUGGCCAAUCGUAAUAAAACCAAUCAUUGCUUACCCAUUUGGACGCCACUGGGACUCGGUGGCCAUCAAAAGGGUAGAAGCAAAUCCUUUUUAAAAUAAAAGGAUCAUCAUUAGAUGCCUUUUUAGAAGUUUGGGGGCCUAAAGUGGUUUUUUCGUAGGAUCCCCCUAUAUCGGUGUUGGCAGAAUGUUGUCUCUCUUAAGUAUUAUUUCGGUAAUAGCGUAUGGUAAACUCAUUUAACUCAUCGACGACAACAAAACAAAAAGAAACGAACAUACGUAUAUAGACGAUGGAAAGCGAAGAAUGUGACAACAAAAAGAAAAGAGAAAAACAGCAAAACAAUUACUUCAACGUACCUGCAUUUUACACGAAGACAAUUAAGAUAUGAAGACAUGUCCAGAAUCAAAACGCUCUUUAAGAAGUAAAGAUCUGAACUGUGUGUUUUUUUUUGCAGACGUGUGGUGUGGUGCGAAAGGACAAUUCUGUUUUGGUGUAGACCUCCAAGUGUGUUAAUUCAUAUUGCCUACUACUAGUUGAAAAUGAAGCAAAUUCAAUUUUAGGUUGUUGAAGGAAGCGCUUUAUAUAAAUUGUAUUGAUGAAAUCUAAUCGAAAAGCACGAAACACGUCCGUCGUCAAACAAGCCAUCGCUUCCAAACAUCCGGUCCGGUGUUUUCGAUCACUACACACCUUAGCUUGUGUGUGAUCUAGGUAGUUAAUGGGUGUAGAAUGAGUUUUUGAAUAGCUUAUGAGAAUUAACACUUGCAAAAUUGUUCCAAUUCGAUUUAUGACGAUGCGAAAUUUUGUUUUCAAAUAUUAUUUUGUUAAAGCCAGUGUCCUUUGAAAGCGUGAUCCACACCACAGGCGGAUGAAAAAAAAAAAAAAACAGACGUAAGAACGUGUUAAAAAA